CAUAUAUUUUUUUAACAGUGGAGUAAGGUGCAAAGUGCUAAGUUUGCUGUACUGGAGCACCAGAUGGAUCCUUCGAGUAAUUUCAGCAGCUACCGCUCUACCUUAAAGGCAGCGAUGUGGAGGUCUGCAGGUGCUGUUGAUGACAGGCAAAAAAUUGUCAUUCCAUUCUUCAGUCUUCUGGUUAAAGAUCUUUAUUUUCUGAAUGAGGGAUGCGCAAGCAGAUUACCAAAUGGACACAUCAACUUCGAUAAAUUUUGGCAACUAGCAAAGCAGGUUACAGAAUUUAUGGCAUGGAAACAAGUUACAUGUCCAUUUGAAAAAAUAAAGGAAGUUAUAACAUACCUCCAAACAACACAUGUAUUAACAGAAACAG